AUGGUUCACUCAUCGGUUGAUGGCCUAGUUAUCGAUGUUAUUAUUAUGGAAGUGUUGAAUAUCCGGAGUGCUGUGGUCAAGAAUAAACAUAAAAUAAGACCGAGCAGAAGUACGAUGACGAUAUUAACUACGUAG